AACACCUUGCUAUCCACACUUCCCCCUUUCAAUCCUUUGCAAAAUGACUGUCUUUUUUCCUUCUUUCUUCCCGUGUUAGCUUAUAUCAUCCAAGCCUUCCUUUCCGCCUAGAUUUCGUCGGAGACUCGCUGAAACUAAAUAAUCUCCUAGACGGUGUUGGUUAUCGUUUUGCCGCCUAUAGUUCACCGGAGACUCCUUCAAACGGUUCGAUACAAAACCGGCCAGUUAUUUUAGAUCAGUUUAACCGGUCUAUAAUUGAACCGAUUGUAUGAUCGGUUUUUGUUGCAACCGGUUGGACUGACCGGUUCGGUUUUCAAAUCAGUUUUAGGGCAAAUGGGCAGGUUGGUUGAAGAAGUCAUAGCGUUUAUCACAAACCACAACAGGUUUUUAAUAACCUGGUUUUUGGUGGUUGUUUUUGUCUGUACAAAAAGUCAAUGGCAACUUCUUACACAUCUUCUCAAUUACGGACUUACGAUGUAUUUCUUAAUUUUAGAGGAGAAGAUACCCGUUACAACUUUGUAGAUGAGCUCUAUAAUGCUCUGGAAGAACGACUAAUCCGUACAUACAACGAUAAUAUAUCAGUUUACGGGGGAAGCCCCAUUGGUCCACAACUCUUGAAGGCCAUAGAACAAUCACGUAUAGCUGUGAUCAUAUUCUCCAAAAACUAUGCUGAUUCAACCUAUAGUUUGAUUGAGCUUGAACAUAUUAUGAAAUGCAGGGAAGAAAGAGGGCAAGGUGUUAUUCCCAUAUUUUAUGAUGUGAAACCCUUUCAAGUGAGAAAUCAGAAAGGAAAAUUUGGACAAGGAUUUUCGAGGCAUGAGUUAGGAAACAACAAGAAUGUUAGGUCUUGGAGAAGAGCACUUGUGAAUGCUGCUGACAUUUCUGAAUGGGAACCCAAGCUCAUGUUCAAUGGGUAUGAUGCCUCUGACAUCAAACUGAUUGUCGAUAUAGUUUCAGAGAAGCUUUUAUCAUUGAUUUCGUAUGUUGGAAUGGAAACUCGCUUACAAGAUUUGAAAUCGCGUAUAGAGAUUGGAUCAGGUGGUGUGCGUAUGGUUGGGAUAUACGGGGCUGGGGGUAGUGGUAAGACUGCUCUUGUGACUUCUCUUUAUAAGGAACUUGCUCCUCGUUUUGCCAAUCACUGUUUUAUUGACAAUAUUUCGGAGGAAUCAAACAAAAUUAAUGGUUUACAAAAUCUGCAGCAACGAGUUCUAACAACGGUUAUGAAAAAAAGUGAGGAAUUUAAGAGUGUUGAAGAAGGAAAAAUUGCUAUUGAAAGUACUUUAUGUCAUAAAUCUGUGUUAAUUAUUCUAGAUGAUGUUGAUGAUCGUGAACAGCUAGAUGCAUUAGCAGGAUCCCAUAAAUGGUUUGGUGGUGAUAGCCGAAUAAUAAUCACAACUAGAAAAGAAGAUUUGAUAGGAAACGAUAAGGUAGAUGAGGCCUAUUCUGUCAGUCUAUUAUCAUUUGAUGAGGCUACUCUCCUCUUUAAUAGACAUGCAAAGCAGGAAGACCGUAAACUUGAAAAUUAUGAGGUGCUUUCACCAAGUGUGGUACCUUUUGCAGCAGGGCUUCCAUUAGCAAUUAUAGUUUUAGGGUCUUUUCUAUAUGACAAAGACAAGAAGGGGUGGAUGAGCACAUUGGCUAGACUAGGGGAUAUUCCAGAAAAUGAAAUUUUGGAGAUGCUAAAAAUUAGCUAUGAUGGACUUGAACCAUUGGAGAAAGAGUUAUUCUUGGAUAUGGCAUGUUUCUUCAGGGGUAAGAGCAAAGAUAGUGCAAUGCAGAUGCUUGAUGCUUGCGGUUUUCAGCCUGAAGAUGGGCUAAAGGUGUUGAUAAAUAGGGCUCUCAUAACUAUUAAGGGAGAUAAGCUUGAUAUGCAUGAUUUGGUUCAAGAAAUGGGACAAUCCAUCGUUCAAGGUGAAGAUCCUACACAUCCUAAUAAACGUAGCAGGGCUUGGCUCACUAAAGAAAUUGAAGACAUCUAUCACGCGGAUGCAACAACGAAUUAUGACAAUAUUGAGGCAAUACAACUUUCUAGCAGCUCAUCACAUGUUUCUAAGCUUGUUUCAAACAUGAAGAGACUAAGGUUUCUUCAUGUCCUUGAGGAUCAACCUUAUGUGUAUAACAUGUCACACAAAGAUGCUGAAGGGCCCAACUUUCUUUCAAAUGAGUUGCGUUGUAUUAAUUGGUUUAAGUAUCCAACAAGUCCGUUGCCGGAUAAUUUCCAACCAAGGAUGCUUGUUGUUCUCAAAUUACAUCAGAGUUUGCAAGAAGAGCUAUGGAAGAAUAUCAAGGAGAUGCCAAUGUUGAAAGUGCUCGACCUCAAUGGUUCAACUAACCUAGUUAGGACACCGGAUUUCAACGGGCUCCCGAAUCUUGAAACGUUAGUACUAUCUGGUUGUAUCAGUUUAAUAGAGAUUCAUCCAUCAAUCGAAUGUCAUGAAAGGCUUGUUUUCUUAAAUUUAGAUGGUUGUUGCAAGCUUCAAAAGUUUCCAAUCUUUGACAAGAUGAAAAGAUUAGAGACCCUUUUACUAUCUCACUGCCCUCAACUUGUAAACCUUCCAGAGAUCCAACAGCCCAUGAAAAGCUUGAAAUAUCUUUAUUUGGAUGAGAGUGGGAUAGAAGUUUUACCCUCAUCCAUUGGAAAGUUUUGUACCAAUCUUACCUACAUAAAUCUGAUUGGUUGUAAAAAUCUAAAGACAAUUGAGUGCAAUUUCACCCUCUUUAAACAAAAAUGUGGGAUAUCAGGUGGUCCUCGAGAUGUAGAAGGCUGUUCAUCAGAAUAGUGUUUCCCUCCCAGGAGGCAGUAACAAGUUUAAUGCAGAUGGAUGGCGGAAAUGAAGUAUCCUCCACGCCACGUUGUCUAUUCAGAGAGUUGGAUCUCAAUUUUGAUUAGUGAGAUAAUAUUAUCGUUGUAUCGACUUUUUAGCAAGCAAAUGGUUGUGAAACUUACUGUGACAUGAUUAUUAGAUUGUAUUUAUGUUUUGCGACUGGAUGCCUACUCUUUUGAUGAUAUUCGUGUAUAUUUGUAUGCUUUAUAUGUAUCCUUUGUUCAGUUGAUGACAUUUUGGAUA